UUUAGUUCCGCAGAGCAUUGAUAAAGAUGUUUUUGUCACCAAUUAAUAAACAUUCAAUGUGACAUAUUUUGUCUCAUACUCCGUGUUGAUCUGCGAAAGAAAUAUCAUCAGCUUGAUUCAUUUCUUCACAUAACUUUAGAGAUUGUAGAGGUCUAAAACAGAGAAAUGACUACAACAUUGAUUGUUCACAGUGAUUAAACAAUUUUGUGUAAAUAUAAGACAAGCACUAGUUUCUGCUUUUUUAAAGUAAACUUUGUCAGAAGAUACUCUACUUUAUUCGACAUCAAAAAGCUGCUUAACAAUGCUGGUCAAACGCCCCAGUUUCUUGUUUUUUCUCUUGGUCUGCCUGAUGGGAGCCAAGAUCUGCGAGGCACAACAGGAUCCUAAUCCAAUCGAGCUAGAGAAUGGAGCUUAUAACAACAUACUCAUCGCUAUACACAAAGAUGUCGAAGAAGAUUCAAGUAUCAUCGAAAAUAUCAAGGAUAUCUUCACGGCCGGGUCUUCUGUCCUUUUCUCCGCCACCAAUCGCCGGGUCUACUUUGGGACUAUCACGAUCUUAGUCCCGCCCACUUGGUCCAGAAACUCUGAGUAUCAAGUUGCACAACGUGAAGCCUAUGAGAAUGCUAACGUUCUCGUAACUGGUCAACAGUCUAAUCAUCGUCCUUUUGUUGAUAACCCAUUCAAGUGUGGACGACAAGGAAGAUUUAUGCAUUUAUCCAAGACUUUCCUCAUCGACCAAGACUUACCCGAAAAUCAAUUUGGAGAUUCUGGUAAAGUGAUUGCCCGUCAGUUUGCCAAACUACGUUGGGGUGUGUUUGACGAGGAUUACGUGCCAGGGACCGAUGCUGAACCUUACUACCAAUCGAACGCCAUAACAGGUGACGGCUUUGAAGGAACACGAUGCUCUUCGGAAGUUCACGGAGAUCUCCUUGAUGAAAAUGAAAGUCCAUGUGGGCAAAAUACGUUUGGGGAUUUACCCGACUCUUGCAGAUUCGUGACCCCUGCCAAUGGCAUUGGGCAAACCGCCAAGGCAUCUUUAAUGUUUGCAUCCAAUAUUCACUCGAUUGACAUGUUCUGCCACAACGUCCGAGGCCAGGCGGGGUAUCAUAAUUACGAGGCUCCUAACCUACAGAAUAAGAAGUGCGACUAUCAAAGCGUUUGGGAAGUGAUGGGGAAAUCGACUGAUUUCCUGUAUGGAAACAGUCCUUCCUUGCCUGAGGAUACCGACACAUCACCAAACUUUAUUGUCGUGCAGCCGUCCGGAUCUCUGAGGAUUGUUCUUGUUUUAGAUACCAGUGGUUCCAUGGAUGGGGAGCGUUUUGACAAGAUGAUCAGAGGGGCCAAGAACUUCAUCCAGAGUAUAGUACCUAAUAAUAGUUACGUGGCCAUUGUCGAGUUCAAUUACGAAUCCAUAGUAGAUUCUUACAUGACUGAACUCACCAGUGUCAUAUCGAGGAAAGACUUGGCGUCUCUACUUCCAACGUUAGCCGACGGAGCUACAUGUAUUGGUUGCGGCAUUGUGACGGCUAUCCAGGUUGCCCAAUAUAAUGACAUGGAUUCCCGAGGUGUGUAUCUCAUUCUUCUCAGCGACGGAGAGGAGAAUCACGGAACUCCAAUAGCUGACACUAUGGAUGACAUCGAAGGUUCAGGGGUUAUUGUGCAUUCAAUCGCCUUUUACGAAGCCGACACCCAGUUGGAAGACCUAGCCCAGAUGACAGGCGGUAUAUCGGCAACGUGUGCUGACGGAGGGAGCGCACAAUGCGUCAUCUCCGCCUUUGUGUCAAUUAUAGCGCAAAGGCCACAGAGUGUUGCCGCUUCUGCACCAAUACAGGUUCAGAGUUCAACUAUUACACUAGAUGUAAUAUCCCUUAGUUCGAUCCACACUACCAAUGUGAUGAUCGACGCUUUUCUAGGACUGAACACUGUCAUGACAAUUACAUGGACGGUCAACCCCAUCAUCUCUGUCACAGUCAGAGGACCAGAUGGUACCGUUAUAAAUAGCACUGAUGCAAGAUAUGAGGCUGAUAGCAUCUCUAAGAUUAUCACCGUCACCAUCGAAGAGGCAGAGGUAUAA